AUGAAUGACAGGCGCGCCGCUGUCGCGCCGCCAGCGAACACUUUGCCCUCGAGCAUCUGCGGCUGCCCACGCAGAGCCCCGUGGCCAUUAUGUGCUCAGCUGGAGGACCCUCGGGCCCACCCGCCGCCUCCAAGCUGCACCGCCGUGCCCGGCUGUGUAUUACGCUGCGGGUCACGUCUCGUCGGGGACCAGUUUCAGAACUUUAGCAGCAGAGCUGAGCGCUGUGCUACGGUGUCGGUGGCGGUGUCGGUGCUGACUCUGACGUUCAUCAGCGUGGACCGCUGGUACGCCAUCUGCUUCCCGCUGCGCUUCAACUCUACUACGGGCCGCGCCAAGACGGCCAUCGCCAUUAUCUGGCUGCUGGCUCUGGCGUUCGACAUCCCCGAGCUGGUGGUGCUGCGCGCCCGGGGCCGCGACUGGGACUCGGUGCUGCUGACGCAGUGCGAGGGCAGCUGGAGCUACGACUCGGAGAUGGUGUUCCACGGCGCCAAGAGCCUGCUGCUGUACACGCUGCCGCUGCUCUUCAUGUCGGUCGCCUACUUCCAGAUCGUGCGCGUGCUCUGGCGCUCCGACAACAUCCCGGGCCACGACGACCACAACGGCGACGUCAUCAGCUCCAAGGAGGCCGGGCACCACGCCACCUUCGCGCCGUCUGGUAGCGUUGGCAGCCGUCGGGUGCCGAUGGCCGGAAACUCGACCACGGAGGCGCAGCUGCGGUCGCGGCGCAAGGCCGCCAAGAUGCUCGUCGCCGUCGUCGCCAUGUUCGCCAUCUGCUACCUGCCCGUCCACCUGCUCAACAUACUCAGGUACACCGUCGACAUCCCGCAGAAUGACACCACGAGCGCCAUCUCGAUGCUAUCACACUGGCUGUGCUACGCCAAUUCUGCAGUCAACCCUGUCAUCUACAACUUCAUGAGCGGGAAGUUCCGCGCUGAGUUCCGGCGGCUGUUCUGGACGUGCGCGUACGGCAGCAACCGUUACUCGCCGGCGCCCGGCGCGGCCCCCUCCGCUGCUAUGCGCUCCUCCUGCUGCGCCGCCCCCGGCCGCCUGCGCGUCACCUGGGCCACCCCCUCCUCCGCCACGGCCACCACCACGCUCGCCUCCGUCGCCCCCACCUCGCUGGUGAUGCACCGCUAG